AUGAAUUCUGUGUGGAAGCUGUACUGUGAAACACAAGAACAGGCCCUUGACCUAUCGAGGCCUGCAGUGAAGGUGAAGGAAAUUACUGCGUUGCAGGCACUGAGUGCUCCUACACAACCGAUAUCUAUACCGGAGAUGUACCAAGGGGCUUAUCGACAGACAGUUAACCCGGAGGUUAGCUUCUACAGCUAUCCAGGCAUGGAACAAAUUCAAUACGUGUCGCUUCCCCGCCCGCUAUCUAAUGACAGUGGUCACUCAACUGAUAAGUCAGCGAAUGUAGAAUACGAUACAGAAUCUCUAUCGGAUGAUAGAGAGUAUCAAAUUUUUGAAGAGGAUGCCAUGAGAGCGAUGGCCGCCAAAAAUGGCGGCUCAUUAUUGGGGAACAAACCCAAAAUGAGAAGGGCUGUACAGAGUAGCCACUCGGCUGAUGAGAGUUAUAAAAAACAAAGGGAGAAGAAUAAUAUCGCGGCGAAGGCGAGCCGCGACCGACGGAAGCUGCGAGAGCUGAAGCUCGCGCUGCAGACCUCCUUCUUGAAGAAGAAAGUGGCGGAGCUGAAGUCAAGUUUGGCAACCGGGCUGUGCCGCCACUGCCGGCAGCCGUGCACCUGCUAA